AUAUCUACACAAACAGGGUAACUGGGUAACACCAAUUUGAGGAAAGUUUCAGAUCACGCUCUAAGUUUGGUGAUUUAGUUAUUCCUUACCACUGGCAACUAAAUACACCGUUUCGGAUUGUGCAAAUAUUUAAGCACAUUUUUAUUCUUACAACUGGACUUUUGGUGCGCGUCGUCUUCCUCAUUAUAUUUCAUGGUGAAAUAUAUUCUCCACACAGAACCAAGUACGGCAGGCAAAGUUGCUUCAGCGUUGCUUGUGAUGCCGUUUAAUUAGGUAACGAUUUUAAACAAAAUCUUAACUGGACCGUUUCGGGAGGAGAAGACGGGGGAAAUCACCGCUGCUCAUAACAUAACUUGUAUAAAGGUAGCGAGCACCCUAACUAUGCCUCAUGCUGGCCAGUGAGGACAUGCCCUGCAUGAGAACCUGCUCUGUGGAAGCCACAGUGAGGGCCCGCCUAUGAGCUGAACUCAGAGGAGAGGAGCGCCACCAUGUCACAGAAAAUACCAUCACCGACCCGCAGUGUUAGCAGUUCCUCCUCCAAACACGAGAGCCGACAGGACAGCUGGGAGAUUGUGGAGGGACUGCGGGGAGGACACACUAAUGUCCAAGAGCCUCAGAAGCAGGAGGGCUUUCUGCUGAAGAGGAGGAAAUGGCCCAUGAAGGGCUGGCACAAGCGAUACUUUUUCCUGGACAGAGGCAUCCUGAAGUACGGCAAGUGCCGGGCUGAUAUCGAGAAGGGAAAGCUGCACGGCUGCAUUGACGUGGGGCUCUCCGUCAUGGCUAUCAAGAAGAAGGCCAAGUGCAUUGACCUGGAUGCAGAGGAAAACAUCUACCACCUAAAGAUCAACUCUCAGGAGCUGUUUGAUGAAUGGGUCUCCAAGCUGCGGCAUCACCGACUCUUCCGUCAGAACGAGAUCGCUAUGUACCCCCACGAGAAGCCCCUCUUCUACUCCCACUUCUCCCCGGCUGUAUCGCCCAACCUGUCCGAAAACGCCACCAUGAGGAAGCGCUCCCCCCUGAGAAAGCAGUCCUCCAUCCACACAUCAAGUCCCUUCCCCAUGACCUUCAACAACCAGUCCAAGGUCGCUGCCUGGCUGCAGUCUUCUGAGGACAUGGACAAGUGCUCCAAAGAGCUCUCAGAGUGUGAAUCCUACCUGCUGGACCUCGACCAUCUCCUGAGGAGCAUGGAGGUCCUGCACCGCACCUACUCUGCCCCAGCCAUCAAUGCCCUGCAGGCAUCUACAUUUGACAGUCCUAAAAAGGAGAAGAGAGCUCCAAAAAAGUGGCGUCCCAAAAACUCUGGGAAAGAAGCUAAAACGACUCUCCAGGUUCCGAGCUGCAUUUCCUCAGGGUCCGUCCGACUUCACGCUUCCAACCCGAAUCUGUCCACCGUUGAGCUGGGCAAUGACAAGAACUACACCGAGGUUCCUGACUCACCUACCGACGUGUCCAAACUGCAGGAGGACUUCUGUCGGGUUGCUAACAACUUACAUGCCACCCUGAAGUCAACCUUCAGCUCUUUGUCCUCAGAGAGGGACAGAUUGAAACAAGUGCUGGACCAUGAGACCUGUCAGUCCUCUUCCGCCCAGAUCAUGGGACUGAAGAACACUUUGACCUCGGCCAUAGCCCAAAACUCAGAACUGAGGGAGCGUCUUUCCAAGAUUCACGCUGAGUCAUGCAUCGUAGAGCCCACUGUUGUUAUAAAUCUCAGCACAUCCCCCCUGCAGAAACAAGACUCCACAGAUGGGUCCCGCCCCCUUGUCCAUCAGGCAUCCAAUGAGAGCAGAGCUUCCAUCACAGAGUCACUGUCAGAGUUCUUUGAUGCACAGGAAGUCUUGUUGUCAGCCAGUUCCUCUGAGAACGAGGCCUCUGACGAUGACUCAUACAUCAGUGACAUCAGUGACAAUGUCUCUGUGGACACCUUCACCAAUGAGGUGGAGAGUGAAAGAGCCAACUCAGGGUAUGUGGAGAAUGGCGCCCUCCAGAAGAGACGCAGGUCCUGCCUGCCUGCCCCCAGCCCCAACACCAACAGCAUCAGCCUGUGGAACAUCCUGAAGAACAACAUUGGGAAGGACCUGUCUAAGGUGGCCAUGCCCGUGCAGCUGAACGAGCCACUCAACACCCUGCAGAGGCUGUGUGAGGAGCUGGAGUACAGCGAGCUGCUGGACCGGGCCGCCAGCACACAGGACCCCUUCCUGAGGAUGGCAUACAUUGCCACAUUUGCAGCCUCAGGGUAUGCGUCCAGUUAUUACAGAGCUGGGGGGAAGCCCUUUAACCCAGUCCUUGGAGAGACAUAUGAGUGUGACCGCACGGACAAGGGCUUCCGCUUCAUUGCAGAACAGGUCAGCCAUCAUCCCCCCGUAUCAGCAUGUCAUGCAGAGUCCAAAAACUUCAUCUUCUGCCAAGACAUGCGGUGGAAGAACAAGUUUUGGGGGAAGUCAAUGGAGAUUGUCCCCAUUGGCACAACCCACGUGUCUUUGCCAGGUUUUGGGGACCACUAUGAGUGGAACAAGGUUACCUCCUGCAUCCACAACAUCUUGAGUGGCCAGCGGUGGAUUGAGCACUACGGAGAGAUCUCCAUCAAGAACACCAGCAGUGAUAUCUGCCAGUGCAAGGUCACCUUUGUCAAGGCGAAGUACUGGAACUCGAGUGUGAAUGAAGUGGAAGGCGUGAUCACUGAUCAGAAGGGGAAGGUCAUUCACACGCUAUUUGGGAAGUGGCAUGAAGGAAUGUAUUGCGGGGACCCGCCCUCUGCUACAUGCAUCUGGAGAGCAAAUGCAAUGCCUGCAGAUCACGAACAGUACUAUGGUUUUACCAAGUUUGCCACUGAGCUUAAUGAGCUGGACCCAGCAGAGAAACCGCUACUGCCCCCUACUGACACCCGACUGAGACUGGACCAGAGAUUGCUGGAGGAGGGUAAUGUGGACUCAGCGGAGGUGCAGAAGCAGAGGGUCGAACAACUUCAGAGAGAAAGGAGGAGGGUCCUGGAGGAGAACAGCAUGACGCACCAACCCCGAUUCUUCAAGAAGUCGAAGGACGACACGUGGGUGAGCAACGACACAUACUGGGACUUGAGAAAAGAACCGGGCUUCACCAACAUGGACUGGCCCGUGCUGUGGUGACCUGGUCAGGCGGAGAGUGGUCUGCGGCCCGCCUGCUUCCAUUGGGACGGUGCCUGGUUCGGAGACCCACAGCCCUGCCCUCUGACCGACUCAUCCGCUCGCUCCAUGCUCCCUGUGCAGCUUGACUGCCCCUUUGCUCUCCAUAGUAGUCUGUUUUUCCUGCAGCUCAUCCUGUUUAAGGCCUUAAUGCAAAGUGCUUAUGGAACUUGUGUAGCAUUUGUAUGCAAACGUGUCCUGAAUGUCAAGAAAAUAUGCAAGCUGGGCUCUGCCUGACACUACUUUCACUGUGCACUGAACGUAGCACACGGAGAAGUGGACUGAAGCAUCGCGUCGGUACUGAGGGAGGCAUGGCUCCUCCUCCUUAAACUGCUGGUCCGCACUAAAACCUGGUUGUCUUCACAUACUAUACUGCACAUUGUAUAAUACUGUCUUAUUGCCUGAUAUUUUCUACCUCCCAUGUGAAAUGGCAUACAAAUGAUGCUGACACUGAAAUGCGUAUGUACCACAAGAAUCAGCACCUGUCCGAUGCCUUACCAGUUACAUAUAGGAUACCAAGUUUUAAUUCAACCAGGUUAAAACCUUAAAUUGCUUUUAUUAAAAAUGAUGUACUAUAUUUGAAUUUAUAUGAGUAACAGGGAGCACGAGUGAUAUCUUUGAAGAUUCUUAAGGAACAUUCAUAUCAUGCAACAUCUCUGUGGACUUUCUGCAAGCAUCAAAAUUGGACUCAGAUUGUUUUUUUUUUUACUACUAUACUCCUCUAACAUAUGUAUGUCAAAAUGUGUGUGUGCCGUACACAGCUGACCUAUGUUCUGUGUAUCAUGCUAUCCGAAUAAUGGCCAUGAUCUUUCAAUGACUCCACUGGUGUAUAUCAAUGACAUAAAAUACUUAAUUAAUAUAAAGACCCAGGGGUUGUUACAGCAGUGAUUCCUUUCUACUGGGGUGUGGCAAAUGAGUUUACCACACCCUGUAGUGAUCCAAUAAACGUAUUAUAUUGACUGUU